AAGAACCGCUAUAUGAUAUAAUAUGACAACUUUCCUUUAAGGUACUAAUAAUUUUGUCUGUGUCUUCCCUCCAUAGUGUAAGAAUCAUGACAUGGAAUCCAAACCCAACUCACUCUCCACUACUCAAUUUCAUUUCCAUUUCAGCAAUAUAACACCCAAUUCUCCCCCCACUUCUCUGUAAUAAACAAAACCACCAACUCUAAGUUCUUCACCCACUAAAACUCCUUACCAAAUUGAUUGCUUCAAUACCCACAAACCAAAACUUCAUAAAUUCACUUUCUUGAGCAGCUUCGUAUUGCAAUUUCUGUAGGUACUUGGCGAGAUGAGUUUAGCUUUCAGUAGCACAGUUCAAUUUGGUAGUUUUGGACCCAGAAGCCAGAAACAUGGAUUUUUCUCUUUUGAAACUUCCAAAGUCUCAUACCUUUUCAAUCUCAGUAACAUCAAUUCAGGGUGGUUAUGCAAUUCCACGUCCAGAAAUUUAGAAUAUAGAAGUGCAAGUUUCAAUAGUAAUAACAAGUUUAGGUCUUGCAAGGUGAAGAGGAACUUGGCUUUGAGGACAAAGUCAGUGUUGAGUGUGAAUAAAAAAGUGGAUAUACAGGGGAAUAGAGGAGUAAGCAAAUUUGAUGCUAUUGUUAUUGGUUCUGGGAUUGGUGGUUUGGUUGCUGCUACACAGCUGGCUGUGAAGGGAGCUAGGGUUUUGGUUUUGGAGAAGUAUGUGAUUCCUGGUGGGAGCUCUGGUUAUUAUGAGAGGGAUGGUUAUACUUUUGAUGUUGGGUCUUCAGUUAUGUUUGGCUUCAGUGAUAAGGGCAACCUAAAUUUGAUAACCCAAGCAUUGGCAGCAGUUGGUCGUAAGAUGGAGGUGAUUCCUGAUCCAAGUACUGUCCAUUUCCAUCUACCCAAUAAUCUUUCUGUUCGAGUUCACAGAGAGUACAGUGACUUUGUCUCGGAACUUAUUACUAGAUUUCCCCAUGAAGAGCAAGGGAUUCUUAAAUUCUAUGGUGAAUGUUGGAAGAUAUUCAAUGCCUUAAAUUCAUUGGAAUUGAAGUCACUGGAGGAGCCAAUUUACCUGUUUGGGCAGUUCUUUCAGAAGCCUCUUGAAUGCUUGACACUGGCUUAUUACCUGCCGCAAAAUGCUGGAGACGUAGCUCGAAAAUACAUAAAGGACCCUGAGUUAUUAUCUUUUAUUGACGCGGAGUGUUUUAUUGUCAGCACAGUUAAUGCGUUGCAGACACCAAUGAUUAAUGCAGCCAUGGUCCUAUGUGAUAGGCAUUUUGGAGGAAUUAACUAUCCUGUUGGUGGUGUUGGUGGAAUUGCAAAGUCUUUGGUGAACGGUCUGGUUGAUCAGGGGAGUGAAAUUCUGUACAAGGCAAACGUGACUAACAUUAUACUGGAGCAUGGAAAGGCUGUGGGAGUGAGGCUGUCAGAUGGAAGAGAGAUCUUUGCCAAAACCAUAAUAUCAAAUGCUACUAGAUGGGAUACCUUUGGGAAGUUGUUAAAAGGUGAAAAGCUUCCACAAGAAGAAGAGAACUUUCAGAAAGUUUAUGUCAAGGCUCCAUCCUUUCUUUCCAUUCACAUGGGUGUUAAAGCUGAGGUUCUGCCUCCAGAUACAGAUUGCCAUCAUUUUGUGCUUGAGAAUGACUGGGCGAGAUUACAGGAGCCUUAUGGCAGUAUAUUUUUAAGCAUUCCAACUGUCCUCGAUCCAUCGCUAGCCCCUGCAGGGCACCAUAUUCUUCACAUAUUCACGACUUCUUCAAUUGAAGACUGGGAGGGACUCCCUGUAAAGGAUUAUGAGGCAAAGAAGCAGCUGGUUGCAGACAAAAUUAUAGGCAGAUUGGAGAAGGAACUGUUUCCAGGGCUCAGAUCAUCAAUUGCUUUUAUGGAGGUGGGGUCACCCAAGACACACAGGCGGUAUCUAGCUCGUGAUAAAGGUACUUAUGGACCAAUGCCAUGCAGAACUCCUAAAGGCUUAUUGGGAAUGCCAUUCAAUACAACAAAUGAAAAAUUUCAGGCUAUAGAUGGUCUUUACUGUGUUGGAGAUAGCUGUUUUCCAGGACAGGGUGUAAUAGCUGUAGCCUUUUCAGGAGUAAUGUGUGCUCAUCGUGUAGCUGCUGAUAUUGGACUGGAGAAAAAGUCCCCUGUAAUGGAUGCUGCUCUCCUUCGACUUCUUGGCUGGUUAAGGACAUUGGCAUGAGUUGUCUAAUGGGAAGAAACACAACUUGCCACGUAACAUUCUUGCUCCUAUAUUGCGGAGUGGCAAUGACCUACAACAGACUAAUGCCAAAUGAAAAUUUCCUGACCGUUGAAGGCAGGCACUACUACAUGGCUUCCAACAAAUUUUCUAAGUAGAAUCAUCGUGUACUUGUUAGGCGUCACCAACAUGUAUAGAGCCGCAAGGUGGUCUUUCUUACUGUUUUAGGAAAAGGAAAAACAAUCUGCUUCUUUCCCUGUAUGUAUUCAAGUGGUGACCCUGAAAAUUUUCUUGGAAAUAAAUAUAUUAGCUCAGGUUCUAUUGAA